CAGAUAAUAUUUGGCAGCAUUAGCCAAAGAGAUGAAAUUUAAUCACAAACGAUAAGUAUUUUAACUGAAGCGAGUAUAUAAGAAAACCAUGGCUGAAGGCACCAGCGAACAUGCACACUUCUCAGGCGCGGAGCUGCUACGGGGCGAACUCCUGGGGAUGUUCAGGAUCCCUUUCGCCCUACGUGACCUGAGCGAUACGCAGCGCACCGCAGUUUGCGACGCCUGUCUGCGUCUCGCCUCCAAACUUACGCAGACAAUCGACGGUCCUAGUGCAGAAAUUGACCGUCAAAAGUCGUUGAAUGAAAUUGGUGAAAAGUUCUCGUCAUUUCAGGUCGUGAGAAAUUCACUAUCUGCGUCUGAGGAGUCCUCAGUCGCUACGCAGGAAUCCAGUUUGGGGUUCUUCCCACAAGCGGGAUCUCGAGGAAUUGUUUCUUAUUCACCGAAAGUAGACAAAUACUUUUCAGAUUUUGAAGCAUUUCAGUCCCACAAAACAAGCGGAAAAGAAACUCAAAUUGUAUAUUCUAAGCAUGAAUCAAUCGGUGGUCCCUUAUCUCCUUCAGAUAAGAAAAAGAUAAAUGUUAUCAAAGGUAGUUUCAGAAGCCUGAAUGAGUCUUGUACACAGGAAAGGUUGUCCAAUUCUGGAUACUUCCAUUCUACUCCUGUCAUGAACUGCAAACUAGCAGACGAUGGCGUCACUCGUACUGUGUCAGCUGUCUUCGUCGGUAGACGAAGUGUCGUAGUCUACGUUAUGAAUCAGCACAUCUACCUCGUAGAAGGUGACAACGUGCUGGCUAAACACUCUGUCAAGCAGCUAAGCGCAGUGAGCGCCACAAGCUCAGGUGGGGGGUUGGCAGACCCCGGUACGCCGGCAGAUCCCGGUACGCCGGCAGACCCCGCUACGCUGGCAGACCCCGGUACGCCGGCAGACCCCGGUACGCCGGCAGACCCCAGGACGUCGGCUGACCCCGGUGCUCCGGCAGACCCCGGUACGCCGGCAGACCCCGGUACGCCGGCAGACCCCGGUACGCCGGCUGACCCCGGUACGCCGGCAGACCCUGGUACGCAGGCAGACCCCGGUACGCCGGCAGACCCCGGUACGCAGGCAGACCCCGGUACGCCGGCAGACCCCAGGACGUCGGCUGACCCCGGUGCUCCGGCAGACCCCGGUACGCCGGCAGACCCCGGUACGCCGGUAGACCCCAGUACGCCGGCAGAUCCCGGUAUGCCGGCAGACCCCUGUACGCCGGCAGACCCCGGUACGCCGGCAGACCCCGGUACGCCGGCAGACCCCGGUACGCCGGCAGACCCCGGUGGGGCGCUGGUCUACAUUGGACUGGACAAGAUACGGGAGCAGCGAGUGUGCGUUGUCCUGCAGAUGACGUCACGCGAAGACGCACUGAAGCUCAUCAGAGCGGUCACUAGAGAACAAUCCGCGAGAAUAACUUCCACGUCAAGUACUUCAUCUCAGUCACCGGAACCCAAAACAAGCAAUGCGCGUAAGUUACCUUCUUCCAUCAAGAGCAUUGAGCCCUCAACAACUACGCAAACGUCAGAAGCAUUGAAAGCUCCUUUGAGAUAUCCAAUUGGCGAAGAUGCAGUCUCCACCUCGUCAAAAUCCGAAAAUCAUUUAGAUUUUGUAGCCCUCAAUAUACCUUUUACAGCCAACACAGAAGUUCUUUCCAGUAGCCUCAGUAGCCCAAAAAUUUUCAACAUUCCUCCUGAACCGGAAACCGCACAUGCAGUUGAAAUUAAAUCCAUCAGCGCAAACAGUGCUCCUGAAGAAAUAAAAGAUAUUUCCAAUGUUUUUGCUCUACCCGUCGGUAAGAUUGACAGUGAAAACCUUGAAGCUUUUUGUGAAUUGGAAAAACAAUCCCAAUCAAUUUUCACCAGCCCAAAACUAAGCCCACAAAUCUUGAAACAAUCACCAUCUUCUUCCAACAUACCAAAUCAUUCAAAAUCCCUAACACCAUCGCCAUCAUCAUACACCAGCCCUAACCUGAGCCCACAAUCCCCAAGACCAUCCCGGUCAUCUUCCAGCAGCGCUACCCUUAGUCCACAAUCCCUAAUACCAUCCCCAUUUUCUUCCAGCAGCCAUAACCUGAACCUACAACCCCCAAGACAAACCUCGUCAUCUUCCAACAGCCCUAACCUGAACCCACAAUCCCUAACACCAUCCCAAUCAUCUUCCAACAGCCCUAACCUGAACCCACAAACGACAAACAGGAAAAGCGCAAAAUUUUUCCUUGAGUCUAUCAACAGCUCACUCGAUUCCCCAGACCAAGUGAGUUUUACCCCAAAGUCCUUGGUGAGCGAUGUAUUUUUCAACGAUUCUCGUGACGAAGAUAGUGUGAGUUGUGUGAGUGACGUGCUGGUGGACUGGGAGCUAGACAUGGAGCGAGACCAAGAACUAAAAACAAAAGUCAAGGCAUUGACCGACAAAUUUAUUGAGAAGGAGAAUGCUUACCAUUUAAAACUUUGCCAAUUUUUGCGAGUUUUGGAAUCUAACAACCAUUUCCCUGGCAUUCAGUACCUCCUCCUUCUUGAGGGCAUUUCUCAUAUGCACCUCACAGUUAUUACCAACAUAAAGAAGAGCUCAUGUCCGACGCAUUACUUGACUGAAAUAUUCCUCGAUGAUUUAAAAGACUUUGACAAGUACGAGCAUUUCAUCCGUUCGAGUAGGCGAUAUCAUUUCGAGGUCCAGAAACUGCGGCCUGACAAGUGCGAGUUGGCGCGAGACAUGAUUGAGGCUGUAAGGUCCAGACCAGCCUUCUACGUUGACAUCUUCACCGAAUGGAAGACCCUUACUAAUUCUUCCUACCUGCGCUCAAAAUUAGCUCAGAACAUUGAACGCGUCUCGGUUGUGGCUAAAAUUACAGACUCUGACUCAGUAGUCAUGAACGUGAGACACCAUCCUGGUUCGUGGAAGAUCUACACCCCUUUGUUGGCCGCAGGCUACUUCAUGGUAACUGGACGUGGCUUUGCAAAGGGCAUCAUGCACGCCAUGCUCCUCUCGUCUUCCUUCGUCAUGUUUGCUGUGGACUCGACGAAGCGACAGUUCUUGAACUGCAUUGACGUCAUCGCCUUGCAUUUCAUAGUCCUAAGGACAGACAAAACUCCAACAGUAUUUUAUCUCGAGAUUGAUUUUGGGAUGAGGAGAGGGAAGGAAAGCAUCAAAGUUGAGUGUAAAAGUGCAAGUGAAGCCAAGUUUUGGAUCGGCACUUUCACCAAGUUGUUGAUGGUCAAGGCCAGUGAAAUAAAAUCAGAAGAAUUUCAGAGACGCGCUUCGACCGUUUCUUUACCAGGCACAGUCUCUGACAGCCAACUGAACUCCAUGCUGCAGACUACAUGCAGCGUGCCGGAGGAAAUGGAGUGCCGCCAGUGAUGACGACUGACAACACGGGCUCGUCUUCAAUUGUUUUCCAUGUAUUUUGCCAUUCGGCAAUGCACGGGCCUGGUUUUCGUUCACUGUGGGGAUAACAAUAAAUUAUGACAACUUUUUCGUAUAGAGUAUAAGGCGGAGUAUAUUCAUUUUGAAUUGAAAACAUGAUCUUGCUUCAUGUCUAAUUCACUAAAAUUUUUCAUGCGAAGCCAAGAAUGCACUCAACGUUGCGAGCAUUUUUAAAACGACAUUGCUGAUAAAAUCAAUUUUUUUCAGUAUAUUUUCCAAGUAAAAUUAUUGGAAUGAUAUUCUUCUUAUCAUCCCAAGCAUGAUAUAUUAUUAUUAACAGCGAUUGUAUAUGCGUCUAUAUGUGUAAAUAAUCAAUGACCUCUAUUAGUAUCUUCGUACUGAUGAUUGCGGUAUAAAUAUUUACUUUACUGGUUCGUGCCAGCCCCUGCAAUAUUAGCUUGCAAAAUAUUUGCUGCUCUAUAACUCUAAAUUGAUAAAGACCUUAUAUGUAACUCAACAAAUCAGUUUAGUUUGAAACAAGUCAAGUGAAAGACUCAAAAUUUGAUGAGUUAUUUAGGCUACUUUUAAGACGCAAACCAUUAUAAGAGACAUAUCUUAAUGUUAAUAAUAUUAUAAAUUCUGAUUAGUUUAACGUGAUUGUUGUAUAGCUGUCGCUAUUUCACAGAAGACAUGAAAAAAUCAUAUAUACCUGAUUUUCCACUACCAAUUAUGUGGUUUUUUUUUUUGCCUUGGCUUUCGUAUUUUCGUGGAGUGACUUGAUUCCUACAUUCAGAUAUGAAAGAUUAUAUUU